CCCUGCAGGAUGCCAAGCCAAGAAGGUCCAGGUGUCUAUGGUAGCCGAGAUGGAGGUGGUUAUGGGCCAGCAGGUACCCAUCCUCUGCCCUUACACACCGAUGGAAGAGCAGGAUUACCUCCUGGUGGAAUGGUUUACGAUGGACAGGAAUGGCGGGCAGCAGCGUGUGGCCUACAAUGUGAAGGGUACGGUAGGCGUGGACCGAGGGACGGAGUACACGGACCGUGUCCACAUGGAUUCCAACAACAGCCUGGUCAUUACUUCCAUCGAUGUGAGCGAUGAAAAAUUAUUCUCUUGCCAAGUGACCAGCAAUUCUGGGAGUGACACUGGAAGGACCCAACUCAAGGUCUUCGAUCCACCCGAACCCCCUGAGCUUAAGCCGAACUCCGGGACUCUCUCUGUGACCGCUGAUCUUGCUUUGGAGAUUGCCCAGUGCACGGGCAAAAAUGGCUACCCAGCGCCAACCAUCAGCUGGUACAAAGAUGGGCAGUUUCUGAAUAUUACCACCGAACACAACAAAGAACUCUACGAGGUGGUGAGGACGGUGAAAGAAGCCUCAGGACUAUAUUCCAGGUCCAGCAUACUCUACAUGCGCCCCAAAAAGGCAGAUAAGAACUCCAUUUUCCAGUGCAAAGUCAGCUACAAGAUGCCGAAAGGGAAAGUCGGCAUGGAGGAAUCGGAACCUUUCAAUCUCACUUUGCAUUCCUUAUCUGCUUCUUCUUCUCCUCCUUCCCAGGGUUCAGAUAACCUGUUGGACCUGCCCACUACCACCGAUGGUAUCCUUCUGCUUCCACACGUGACCAAGGCUGACAGUGGGACCUACCGCUGUCAGGUACUGGACUUCUAUAGUCCUUCCGAGGUAGAACUGGAGAAGGACGUCAACAUCUUCAUCCAUUAUCUGGACCCUGUGGUCCUCCACCCAACCAAGGUAGUGAAAGUCAACCGAAGUGAAGACCUUCAGUUGAACUGUUCUGGCAGUGGCUCCAACUUACCCACCUUGUCCUGGAAGAAGGGAAGGCAGCAGAUGGGCAGCGGCAGGACUCUGUCGCUGGAACGGCUGACAUACCCCAUGGCGGGCACGUACAUCUGUGAGGCUUCCGUGCCCAGCAUCUCCGGACUGAAGCGGAACGAGUCAGUCCAAGUUAUAGUAGAAGGAAAGCCAGAGGUAGACAUUCAACAAACCAUCCUCCAAGACCAUGACCAGACGGUGAAGUUCACCUGUACCGUUUUAGGCCAUCCUCCUCCAGAGAUCAGGUGGAACAUACCUGGUGGGGAGGCUCCCGUAAAACACUCGGCAAAUAAAUAUAUUUCUGAAUUGUUAGUGGAACUAACCCCCAAGCUAAUCCAAAGUGGGGUUCAGUGCACAGCGGAGAAUAAAUACGGCUCAACCAGAAAGAACUUUAAGCUGAAAAUGGUAACUCCAACGCCCUCGGUCUCUUCGAAGCCAGCUCUGGAGGAGGAACAGGGUCAAACCGGAAGCACGGUGGCGGUGAUUGCGGUGUGCGUGUGCGUCCUUCUCCUGCUCCUGAUCGUCGGCUUCUUCUACUUCAUGCAACGCCGGGGCCAGCUGCCCUGCAGCCGGGGAGAGAAAAGAUCGCUGUGAGUGAGAGUCGGUGG